GUUAAGGGAACAUUACGGCGUCAAGACGAAACAUCGGAACAUCACAUGUGUAGUAUCGUACUUGCUUUCUUCGAGUCCUGAUUAUCUGAUUAUCCUUGAUAAGAAAAUUGCGGUUCAUAUCUAUAUUCGGUACAAGGAAUACAAUUAUCAAACCACCAAAAAAGGAAACAAAUGAAAAGAGUGCUUAUCCAUUUGCGAACAUGGUCUCGGAAGGCGUUCAGCAGUAAAUUUUUACUUUACACAAAUGUUGGAAUUUCAUUAACCCUUUCUGGGGUAGGUGACAUAAUUGAACAGCAUUACGAAAUCUACUCUGGUGAUAUGGAAACCUGGGAUCGCAAAAGGACGCGACAGAUGUCGAUAUCUGGUUUCACCGUGGGAAUAUUCUGUCAUCACUGGUACAACUUCAUGGAUCGACGGUUUCCGGGACGCACUGUACAAACUGUGCUGAAAAAAGUGCUCAUUGAUCAAACCGUAGCGUCUCCGAUAAAUAUUCUGAUUUUUUUCAUCACUCUGGGAUUCUUACGGUCGGCAUCCGUGGACGAAGCUUACCGGGAAAUGAGCGAAAAAUUUGUGCGGCUCUACACGGCUGAAUGGGUAGUUUGGCCACCUGCUCAAUUAAUCAAUUUCUAUCUUCUGCCAACGAAAUAUCGGGUUCUGUAUGAUAAUACGAUUUCUCUAGGUUACGAUGUGUAUACCAGUCACGUAAUUAAUCAUGGUUCGGAAGCUAAAAGUUGACCCACGAAAAUACCAAUUUCACUCUAAAGCCUAGUCCACACUAGGAGACAGUUCGUCUCGAGACGGUCUCAGCGUCUCCCAUUUUCUUCGGGAGACACUGAGACCGUCUCAGGUUUCCAACAACAACAACAGACAACAAAGUCCGUCUCACAACAAAAAUCGCAGUUCAUGUUGCCAGUGUGGACUACACGGAGAAAAAAGACGACAGUUGUUCCAAUUAUUUCAGCUGGUUAUACCAAUGAUCGAAAUGCAGUUGAUUUUUUCGCAUUCAA